GAGCAGAACGGGGUGCGGAGCGAGAGAAAGCAAAAGGGAGAAAAUAAAAUAUGGCGAAAAAUUCUACUGGCGGUCGAAGCACGGUAGCUCCGUAUUGAAAAGCGAUUUUCUAUGGUAAAAAGUGAUUGUACCCGUACCGAACGAGUGAAAAACGCAUCGCGAAUGCGGCUUGUUUGUUGCACGCAUAGACAAAAAUGCAGAAUGCUGAACAAUCCGGAGUGAAAAACCGGGAAAAAGUUGUAAAAUCAGUGAAUCAGCAGACUUCGUCGAAAUCGCAGCUGCAGCAGAGGCAGCAGCCUCCAUCAUCAUCGUCGUCGUCUUCGUUGUCUUCAUCCGCAUCAACAUCAACGGAAGGAGAAGUGGCAAAGGCAUUCGCAUCAGCUUCCCUCGGUGGAGCACCCAAAACUUCGUCAUCGCCACCAUCGAAACCAGCGAACAAUAGCAACAGCAGCAACAACAGCAGCACAAUCGGUGGUGGCAGUAGCAGCAACAGCAGCAGCAGUAGUGGUGGUGGUGUCGGCAAUAGUGGCAAGAGUGGUGUGAAAAGCAGUGGUGGUGGUGGUGGUGGAAGUGGUGCUGCUGGUGCUACUAUCGUCGCCGACGUCGUUGUUGCUGGUGCGGUUACCACUUCCUCGACUGGUUCGCCGCCAUCGUCAUCAUCAUCGGCCUUGGGUGCAGGAAAGAAUGUUGAUGACGAAACGGGAACGGUCGUAGAAGCAUCGACGCAUCCCUUGCCAACGUCGGCGGAAGCGGAAGACAACGCUGUGUCCGGGGCGCUGGGCAGGCUCACGCUUGGUCCAGCCGGCACAGCGACCGGCGCUGUACGCUCCGCGGCCUCCGUCGGGGUCGAAUCGGGUCGAUCCCAACUGGACGGUGGCAGCGUGAUUUGUAAAAACAUUUCUAAAAAUAAUGGUAAAACAAUGUCGUCAGCCCAGAGUUCCACAACGGCAACAAAGCCCUCUUCUGCACCAUCGCACGCCCCAGGCGCUGCUGGACGAGAUGGUAGCAGCGGCGGCAAGCAAACUAACACCAACAACAGCGAUGGCGAUGGGGGUAAAACCGCAGGAGGCGUAGGAGGAGGUACCGGAAAUACGGCCGCAGCGUCGAAGCCGGCUACCGCCGCUGCAGGUGCGCCUCCUGGCCAGAGCGCUCACAACAUCAACAGCAAACCAUCAGCGACCAGCAACAGCUCGUCUCCCGCCAAGUCGGAUACCGAGACCUUCUCCGAGAUACAGCCUCGCGUGUCGGACUCGUCAGAGUCGGAAGAGGAAUCGGUGUCGGAGAUUUUGCUGGCUUGCCUAUGUCUAAGGCCAGAUCUGCUGGUUGACGACUUCGCACUAGAUCAGCAAUCGAUCGAAAUUCCGGAAACGGAAUGUUCCGACAGCUGCGAGAAUGAUGUCGAUAUGGAUGAGUCGGACAGUUGCGACAACGAUGCCGACGAUAAUGAAGAUUCCGACGAAGAGGACGAAGAUGACGAUGACAUGGUUCAUAGUACGGUACCCGGAAAGUUUCUCUUAGAGAACGAUGACGAUACCGACCAUGAACGAGACGAAGCAGCGCAUGCAUUGACGCGAAUGAAAUCCAGCGAUGGCAGUCCAAGGGAUAAGAAUUUGCUAUCGCGUUCGCUGAUUGCGGCCUGCACUGAUAACGACGUAAACACUGUCCGGCGACUGCUUGUCGAGGGAAAUUCGCUGAACGAAGCGACCGAAGAGGGCGAUUCUUUGCUAUCGUUGGCGUGUUCCGCCGGCUACUACGAACUGGCCCAGGUACUGCUGGCAAUGUCUGCACAGGUUGAUGAUCGUGGCCAAAAGAACGACUGCACACCGUUGAUGGAAGCUGCGUCGGCUGGUCACGUUGAUAUCAUUGAGCUGUUGUUCAAGCACGGUGCAGACGUGAAUGCGCAGUCUUCCACCGGCAACACACCACUCAUGUACGCCUGUGCCGGGGGUCACGAGAAAGCGGUGAAGUUGUUGUUGGAUCAUGGUGCCAAGGUAGAGGACCAUAACGAAAAUGGUCACACCCCGCUGAUGGAAGCCGCCUCCGCUGGUCAUGUUGGAGUGGCUAAGAUCCUGCUGGAACAUGGUGCCGGAAUUAACACCCAUUCGAAUGAGUUUAAGGAGAGUGCACUGACCCUCGCCUGCUACAAGGGUCAUCUAGAUAUGGUGCGCUACCUUCUGGAGGCUGGGGCAGAUCAGGAGCAUAAGACCGACGAAAUGCACACGGCUCUGAUGGAAGCUUCCAUGGAUGGGCACGUGGAAGUAGCGCGGCUGCUGCUGGACUCGGGGGCACAGGUCAAUAUGCCGACGGACUCAUUCGAAUCUCCGCUCACGCUCGCAGCGUGUGGCGGACAUGUCGAUCUGGCCAUGCUGCUAAUCGAUCGCGGAGCCAACAUCGAGGAAGUGAACGAUGAAGGCUACACUCCGCUGAUGGAAGCCGCACGUGAGGGUCAUGAGGAAAUGGUGGCAUUAUUGCUACAACAGAAUGCGCAGAUCAAUGCUCAAACUGAAGAAACUCAGGAGACGGCUCUUACGCUAGCGUGCUGCGGAGGCUUCAUCGAAGUGGCCGAGUAUCUCAUCAAGAAUGGUGCAGAUAUCGAGCUCGGUGCAUCGACGCCGCUAAUGGAAGCUGCCCAGGAGGGUCACAUCGAUCUGGUGCGCUUUCUGCUGCAGCACGGUGCAAACGUACACGCCCAGACGCAGACGGGCGAUACCGCGCUGACGUACGCGUGCGAGAACGGCCAUACGGAAGUGGCGGACAUCCUGCUGAAUUACGGUGCCGAGCUGGAGCACGAAUCCGAGGGUGGCCGCACGCCGCUAAUGAAAGCCUGUCGGGCCGGUCACUGGUGCAUUGUGAAGUUCCUGAUUGAAAGGGGAGCGGAUGUGAAUCGCCACACCACCAACAACGACCACACGCCACUAUCGCUCGCUUGCACCGGCGGCCACCAGAAUGUGGUGGAACUGCUGCUGAAGAACGGUGCAGAUCCGUUCCAUCGGCUGAAGGACAGCAGCACCAUGCUGAUCGAAGCGGCGAAGGGUGGCCACAUAGGAGUGGUUCAGCUGCUGCUCGAUUUUCCUCACUCAUUGAUGAACGCUAAUGCUGCCCAGCAGCAGAACAUACUCAGCAGCGGUCAGAUGCAGCAACUGCAGCAACAGCAGCAGGUGCACCAGCAACAGUUGCAGCAGCAACAUCAGCAGGCGGCACAGCAGUUGAUCAUUACGCAGAACCACCAACAGCAGCAUCAACUGCAGCAAGCUCAACAGCAGCAGCAGCAGCAGCAGCAGCAACAACAGCAGCAGCAACAGCAGCAACAGCAACAGCAGCAACAGCAACUGCUAGCGGGUCCACCCGGGCUGCGCGAGGUUCCUGAAGCAAUCCGAGUAAGCAACAAACAGAUUUUCCAACUGCCAAGCAAGGAAAUGCUCGAACAGCAGCAGCAGGUGCAAGCGCAGGGACAACCGCAACAGCAGUCUCAGCAGGCAACGCUGCAGCAGCAGCAGCAGUUGCAGCAACACCAGCAAUUGCUUGCCAACAGCCAUCAGCUGAUCAAUCAGGCAAACAUGCUGCUGGACAGCAGCGGCAACGAUACUUCCGUACUGGCACAACAUCUGCUGGAAAUUCAGGACUCUUCAAUAUCGAAGGACAGCUUUUUCGAGGAUUUGCGCAAUGGCUUUCGCACGCGGGCCCGCCGCAUGAACACCGUACCGGCGGGGUCUGCUACCUCCUCGGCAAUACCACCCGUUGCUGGACAGCAACAGCAGCAACACGAUCAGGCCGCUGUCGCGCAGCAACAGUUGAUACAAUACUUGCACCAACAUCAGCAGCAGGCGCAGCAGCUGCAAGCAGCGCAGCCAAUUAUUUUGCAAGGCAACAACGUCGUUACCCAGCAGCAGCAGCAGCAGCAGCAGCAGAUGGUCGGUAACAACAACAAUGCGGCCGGGUUGAGCGGUGGAAACAAGCAGCAGCGUAGCUUGCUGCGCAAAAAACAACAGCAACCGACAGUAGCACUGCCUUCGCCGUUCGAGGCAAACCUUACCAGUUCCGAGGCACAGCAGGUGAGGAGCGAACCCAUUGGGGAGGAUAACAAGGGCAACUGCAGUGCUGGUGUGAGCAACGUUUCGCCGCUGCAGCAACAACCACCACCCCGCGUGAGCAAUGUGGCGAUGCGAUCUGAUUAUGAACAGUAUCAGAAGCAGAUGAACGAGAUCCAGUUCCAGAAGAAGGCGAAAAUACAAUUCAUCAGUGAUGCUAAAGGUCCACCAUCGACUCUUUUGCCACCAACGGAAACAUACAUCAAUCUAGGCACACCCGUUCAAGCUGGUAAAACAUCAAUCGACGGCAACAGUGGGCUUCUCUUUGGUACGCCAUUGCAAACCAACUUGCCUCAAUCGCAACAGCAGCAUCUUCAGCUAGCAACAAUAGCUGCUAAUGCCGCUGGCGCUUCGGUUGUAUCCACCGGCACUUCCGUCAGUCCGGCCACCGGAGGGACCAGCAGCGGUACACUCUUGACCGGCCCUUCGGAAGUGUCACAAAGCACUGCCAUCAGCGAUCGUCCAAAGGUUAAGCCCGUGUCGAAGAAAGAUGCCAAGAAUAAUCGCAAAACGGCGGCAGCAGCAGCCGCGGCGGCAGCGGCAGCUGUAGCAACUGCCACGGCCUCCGUACAGCACACUCUUGCACAGCAGCCGCAGCAAUCAUUUUUCAGGCCGCUGGCGGGUAAUAACUCGUCCGGCGGUAGUGGCAAUUCCACCAGUGUCCUACAGCAGAACCCGAUGGUGUCAAUUUAUAACAACUUGUCCUCUGUGAUUCCAAGUUCCGAAGCGAAUGUGCAAAUGUUGCAACAAUCGAUGGCGAACUUGAAUCUGCAGUCACAGUCAUCCAUAACGCCAUCCACCAUGCAGUCAGCACCAAUGCCAUCAAGUGCAAAACCGAGCGAAAAGAAGACGCUCGUGAAUGCAGGAGAGGAGCUGAAGAAGAGCGACUCGGAUGGGGCUAAUGACGCCGAAACGUUGGCAACUGCCAACGCCGGGAGUGAAAGUGGCAGCAUGGUUACUACGCCAUCCGCUAACCCGUCGGUUAUCACGAGCACCGCAGCAGCAGCAAAGCGUACAUCGGGCGGCCAGAACGACGAUGCUGGCAAAGGUCGAUCGGCCGAGCAAUUGUCUGCGGCAUCCUCCGCGCAAGAGGAGCGCCAGUUAAGUUCGAGCAACUUACCGGCCGACGGUAGCGGAGCAGCGGACAAAGAUGCAAAUGCAACCGGCACGGCUACUACACCCAGCACAGCAAACGCCGAGGGUGCUAGUGAUAGUGCGAGCAGCAGCAGCAGCAGCACGGGCGAAAGUGGCUCCACCGGCAGCGUUAACAGUAGUACCGUCGCAAGCAGCAGCCACUCUACGACGAGCACAACCAGCACCGAUGGUAGCAGCGUGCCGGCUGGCGAAGCUGGCGCUGGUGGCGACGGCGAAGGUAGCACUACCAGCAGUGGCAGCAUCAGUGCCGCCAGCAGUACCAGCAACAGCAGUGCCAGCAGUAGCGACAGCAGCACGACUACCAGCGGCAGCUGCGACAAUAACACCACUGCCCAAGGCGGAGAUGGAAGCACCGGUGCAGGUAAUGCCAAUGGUGAAGAAGAAGAAGAAGAAGAAGAAGAAGGAGGCACCGGCAGUGGUGGUAACGGCGGAACGAUGGCCAGCCUCGAUCCGGACAACCAUUUCAACCUUUUUGCGAUGGUCGAUCGUAAGUUGAUGCUCAAGCUCGCGCAUCGCUUGCUCUGCGAUACGUCCAAAUCGCCGUCGGAAACGCCACCGCUGAGUAGCAGCUGCCCAGGGUCCAACCUGGACCCUCCCGCCUCCCCCCCGCCAGCGAUGAUGAACAAUGCCGAUAUUGAGUACUCAGAGCUGUCGCGCAUCAUCUGCAGUUUCAGUCGCUCGGACAUACUGCCUGCCCCCGAAUUUGUGCAAGUGCAUCAGCAUAUGCAAAACAUCAUUCAGCAUAAGGGUGGUAGCAAUCCUAUCAAACUCGGCGAUUCGACCGACGGCCACCAGUAUGCCGAGGAAGGCGAGGAACACCUUCCGAUGUUUAACAUCGAGGAAUCUGAGGCAGACGGCAUGACCGAGUGUGUUGGCGGAAUGUAUCCAGCGCUGGACGAAACGCUGGAAACGUUCCACGGGGAGGACGGAACGGCCACGCAAGCGCACGGUUCGCGGGAAUCGAUGUACAACUACGAAUGGGUGGACAGCAUUGACGAUGUGAUCCAUGUGCUGAAUGGCUGCCCAGAAAUUCCAAUGGCAUUGCAUGAUAUGGCUGCCAACUUCGGGUGUCAGGAUAUCGACAUGUAUGCAAAUCUGAUCGGAUUAAAUUCGUUCUGCAAGACACGCUGGGCGGGCAACCAGAACCAGCUUACGUCUGGUACGUCGUCUCCAGCCGAGGAGGACGGUAGCGCGGUUGCCCUUACCGAUGAGCAGUGUGCGUAUCGCCAAGGCCAAGCUGCCGCCAGCCAACUGCUGACGUUUGAUCCGCAACAAUUUUCAAUGGAUCAGAUACAGCUGCUGAAUCAAAUACACCAGGCAUCCGCCUCCGGAUCCGUAUUACAUCAUCCGCAAGCGAGCAGCGGUGCCGACGGGCAGCAACCAAAGCUUGUGUUUAAUGUCGACGCAGAUAAAGCCUCGCAAGUGCAUUUGCUAUUUCAACUGCCGACUCUGCAAUCUCAGCAGCAGCAGCAACAACAGCAGCAGCAGCAGCAGCAGCAACAGCAGCAAAUCGCGCAAGAUCAGCAGCAUGAUCAUAUGACCAUGCUUCCGAACAGUGGCCAACAGCAGUCGCAAGGCCAGCAACAGUCACUAUCACUGCAACAAGCGACUGGCCAGCAGCAGCAACAACAGCAGCAGCAGCAGCAGUGUAACAUUGCCACAAUGCAACCGCAUGCCGCUGCAGCAGCAGCCGCAGCAGCAAUUCAGCACGCGCAGCUACAGCAGCAAUUGCAUGCGCAGGGAAUGGUCGCUGCCGGUCAUUCCGGUUCCGUCACGUUGCAGCAACAUCAACAGCAGCAGCGACAGCAAAUGCAGCAUCUACAGUCCCAGGCCCAGGGACAGCAGGUACAACAUUUGCAGUCGCAGCAGCAGCAGCAGCAACAACAGACACAGCAACAACAGCACUGUUUGCAGCACGCCCAAAUGCAGGUCUCCACUCAAACAUCCCAACAGCAGCAGCAGCAGCAAGUCGCAUCCACCAGAGGCGAAGAGGAGAUGCCCCCGCUGGUGAGGACGCAACACUUUGCGCUGAUGGAUAACAAUCAGUCGGCGAAUGCUGUCGCUGGCGGUGGCAAAAUGGCCGGUGCCGGUGGUGGCAAAAAGGGAGAAAAGAAUCGCAAAGAGAAAAACCGUGUCGCCGUCCCGGCAGUUCGCCAGGCACCGGCCGGACAGCAGAGUGCUGGCGGCAGUGGACAGCUGCAAAACUAUCAAUACGACACCACUGCCGGCAACGGGCGUUCGGUUGGAGGAGGGAUGGACAUACCGCCACCGAGUGGGGCCCUUCAGCCCUUCCACGCGGGUAAUGGUAUAUUGCCCCCGCAGGGUGGAUCGGUGGUAUCGGAGCGUACGAUUGAUGUGGAUUCCGAAACGGAUUCGAACCACGACACCGCGCUAACGCUCGCCUGUGCCGGUGGUCAUGAGGAUAUGGUGGAACUGUUGAUUACCCGCGGUGCCAACAUUGAGCACAAGGAUAAGAAGGGCUUCACCCCGUUAAUAUUGGCUGCCACUGCCGGGCACGAGAAGGUAGUGGUUACGUUGCUGCGCAACGGGGCAGAGAUUGAGGCACAGUCGGAGCGAACGAAGGACACUCCACUCUCGCUGGCAUGUUCCGGUGGUCGGUACGAGGUGGUCGAGCUGCUGCUUAGCAUGAACGCUAACCGCGAGCAUCGCAAUGUAUCCGACUACACGCCACUCAGCUUAGCUGCUAGCGGUGGCUACGUGAACAUCAUCAAGUUGCUGCUCCAGCACGGCGCCGAGAUUAAUUCGCGAACCGGAAGCAAACUCGGCAUUUCACCGCUCAUGCUAGCGGCAAUGAAUGGACAUGUGGCCGCCGUAAAGCUGCUGCUUGACAUGGGUUCGGACAUAAACGCGCAGAUCGAAACCAACCGCAAUACCGCGCUUACGCUGGCCUGUUUCCAAGGACGGCACGAAGUGGUAAGCCUUCUGCUGGAUCGCAAGGCCAACGUCGAGCACCGUGCCAAGACCGGCCUUACCCCCCUGAUGGAGGCGGCUUCCGGUGGAUACAUCGAUGUCGGUCGGGUGCUGCUGGACAAGGGAGCCGACGUCAAUGCGGCGCCGGUCCCAUCAUCCCGCGAUACAGCACUUACCAUCGCUGCGGACAAGGGACAUCUGAAGUUUGUCGAGCUACUGCUGUCCCGCGGUGCUUUGGUGGAGGUGAAGAACAAGAAGGGCAACUCCCCGCUCUGGCUCGCCGCCAACGGUGGCCAUUUGGGUGUGGUGGAGCUGCUCUGCAGCGCCGGCGGAGACAUUGAUUCGCAGGACAACCGGAAGGUGUCCUGCCUGAUGGCUGCCUUCCGGAAGGGCCACACGAAGGUGGUGAAAUGGAUGGUGGGCCAGGUAACGCAGUUCCCGUCCGACCAGGAGAUGACGCGCUACAUCAAUACGAUCAGCGAGCAGGAACUGCUGGAAAAGUGUCACGACUGUGUGAAGGUGAUCCGCGCCGCCAAGGAUCAGCAGGCCACGAAGGCCAACAUCAACGCGUCGAUCCUGCUGAAGGAGCUUGAUCUCGAGCGGUCUCGCGAGGAAAGCCGCAAGGCGGCUGCUGCCAAACGGCGCGAGAGGAAGAAGCGCCGUCGGGCGGAAAAGCGGGAACAGCAGCGCAAGCUAGAGAUGGGCGAGGAGGGUGCAGCGGGCGACGGGAACGACGACGACGACGAGGAGGAGGAAGCCGAUGACGAUAAGGAGGAGGAAGAGGAGGAGGAGGACGUCGACAGUGAGCACGACGAGGACGAGCUGCUUCUUUCAGCUGUGAUGCAACAGCAAGCGUCUGGCGGUAAUAAAAAUAAAAACCGCGGUUCCAACCACACUGCCGCCCAGUCGCACGGUGGCAAGCAACAGCAACAACAGCAGCAGCAGCAGCCGCUGAAUAGUCGUGAGAAAGAGAAGGAAGGCAAGGGCAAAGAUAAGGAAAAGGAGAAGCACAAGGACACGGACAGGGAGAAAGGAAAGGAAUCCAAUCAAACUGCAUCCUCUUCCGCUUCGUCCGGUGGCAGCAAUCAGCGCCAGCAGCAACAGGGUGCGAAUGGGCAGCUGUACCAAUACCGACCGAUGUCGAUACCGUACCAGGUGCAGGAGGAAGGUGAUUCCGGCAUCGAUGCCAACAGUUUGGGUUCAUGCUCCAGCUCGGAGGUAAAGUCGUCCUCGAACAGCAACGCCCUGGAGCAGAAGAAAAACAACAAGAAACGCAAACAGCAGCAGCAACAGCAGCAACAGCAGGCACAAACAGCACGCGGUGCCAUUGCGUCUACCAAUGCGGCCGGUGCUGCAAGAGCGGCGAAGGCAGCAGCGGUUGCCAACGCUACCGGUGGAGGUAAGUCGUCCAACAAUGCGCAUCAGCAAAGCAGCAGUAACAGCAACAACAGCAACAACAGCAACAACACCAACAACAGUCGUCAAUCCAAGAGCCCGGAAAGUGGUUCGGCAGCAGCGUCUAACGGCAACACUGUGGUGCAGGAUAAAAACUCAAAGGAAAAGAAUCGGCGUCAGCAGGAGAAAGAACAGCAGCAGCAGCAGCAGCAGCAGCAGCAGCAGCAAUACAGUGGAGGACGGGACAAGCGCGAAAAAACGACGGAGAAGGAAAAUGUCGCUCCGAAGGACCACGAGCGGUCGGGUGGAAUGGCAGCGAGCACGAAAAACGAAAGCAAAAAAUCCUCUUCCAACGAUCAUCAUCAUCAGCAGGCGGGCAGUGCGGGAGGUGGAGCGAUGCACCACCAGUCUCACCAGAGCAGCAGUGCGGCUGGUAAUCGCAAAUCCAUCAUCGUCUUUGGGUCCGGCAAUCGGCACACUGCCGAACAGGGUGAUGACACUAGCGGUGGUGCUAAUUUCUACAACACCACCAACGCUGGCGGAAAGAAAACGCACGGCAACAAAAGCAGCUUCUACAACACGGAGGACCAUGGUCAUCAUAGUAAACUAUCCUCCGCAAGUCCGAUGAAGCAACACCAGCAGCAGGCGGCGUCCAGUGGCACUUCUGCCUCGCAGCAGCAGAGCGCAAAUAGUUCGCAAUCCAACUCGGCGGGCGGCGCCAAGCGUGAGGAGGGCUGGAAGGAAGUCGUUCGCAAGAGCUCUGUGCAGCAGGGUAGCGGCAGCGGUAGCAGUGGUACGGGAGGAGGCAGCAGUGGCGGGGGCGGUGGUUCUUCCUCCUCGCUAAUGGAAUGUCGCAAGGUGCAGGUGCCAGUGCAUGCCAUUUCGCGUGUAAUAGGGCGGGCGGGAAGCAAUAUCAAUGCCAUCCGCGCUGCCACCGGCGCCCACAUCGAGGUAGAAAAGCAGGGCAAGAGCCAGGGUGAUCGCUCCAUCACCAUCAAGGGAUCGCAAGAUGCGACCAAGCAGGCGCACUCGCUGAUCGUUACCCUCAUCAAGGAUCCCGACGUGGACAUACUGACCAUGCUGCCAAAGCAUAACUCGAGCUCGAGCAGUUCGACAGCGAAGGGAGGAUACGGAACUGCUUCGUCGUCUGCUGCCGGUGGCGGAUCUGCAUCUUCGGCUGGCCAGCACGCAGCAGGGACAUCUGGUGGUAUUGGGUCUUCGUCGUCGUCGUCUACCACACCGGCACAGCAGUCACCAGUGAUCGUGCCAGCGGCCAUCAUACCAACAAAUGGUGCUGCACCGACCAUGUCUGCUAUAGUGGCAUCAGGGGGUGUGGCGGCCGCAGCAGCAGCAGCAGCAGCGGCAGCGGCAGCAGCGGCGGCAGCAGCCGCCGCCGCCGCCGCCGCCACAAACAACAAUUCGACGGCCUCUGCCAAGGGUGCAAAGAAUGUGUUCAGCUCUUCGAACAAAGCGGCGAGCGGUAGUGCCGCCAAUGUCGUUGCUGGUGGAGCCACGGGAGCCAGUGCAGGAGCCACCACCGCUGGGCCAGUUAACACUAAAACUCCGUCCAGCCAAGGUUCCGCACCGUCAAACGCAAGCGCACGGCCGACGGCGGCCAAGAAUCUGUUCCUAUCUUCUGCCGCAGCCGCUUCGCAGCAACAGCCGUCCCGCGGGUUGGCGGCAGCCGGCAGCAACAAUGCCGGUGUGACUAGUGGCAGUGUGCCAUAUGCCGUGGCUGCUUCCACUGGACAGGGCAAAGAUUCCAAGCGGCAGCCGACCACUGCACAAACAUCACAACAGCAUUCGUCUGCUGUACCGUCGGCAAACGGUGGUAGCACCGUUGCGAAGGGAUCGCUCCACCAGUCAGCAACAGGCGGCACGGGUGGUUCCGGUGCUGCAACAUCAGCUCCGUUCGGAAGCUCGGGAAUGAAGGCCAAGAACGGUAACAUCAACAACAAGGCAUCAGUUGCUUCCAACUCGGCUGUACCACAGGCUGGUGGUACAAACGUUGGUGGCAACGCUGCCGGCGCGACGGCUGGUGCACCAGGAGUGGCGGCAGGAUCGUUUGCCAAACUGGUCGCAUCCGACGGUGGAAAUGCGGUGAGCAAUACUAGCCAGAAAAAGAACUUCCCCAAUGCCGGUGGUUCCAUCGGCAGUGGCUCGAAUUCCGUCGUCGGAUCGCAGGGACAGCAACAGCAGCAGCAGCAGGUGCAACAGCCACCAGUUGGUGUGAUUGGAGGGCGAGCAUCGGCACAAGUGCAGCAAUCGCCGGCUAAAAGUACCGGUGGAGGAGCACCUGGUGGAACACUACCAGCACCAUUUGGCAGCAGUGCUGCCAAUUCAAUCGGUGGUGGUGGAGUAUCCCCGAUUGGUUCGCACUUAAAUGCAUCUACUUCGCUACAGUCUGCUGGAGGAAGCGUUGGAGGAGCUGCUGGGCAGCAGAAGAUAUCGACGUUUAUUCCUCCCAUCGCAACCAGCGGACCAGGGCCAACGAUUGUGGAGGCUUCCGCCGUACCGCCGAUACCACCUAUCAGCGUACCAAACACGGCCAAUCCGCUGGCAGCACCGGGCAGUGGUCGAUCGAUAACCCCGAUCGGGCAACCACCAUCCUCGUCGGCAGCGUCCUCAUCCGCACCUACAUCCGUUUCGAUCGUUUCGUCGUCCGCAUCGUCGACGGUAACGUCGGUGACUGGGCCGAUCGGAAGUCGCAGCGUCACUACGCCAUCGCCUUUGCUGCAACAGCAAGGCUCCUCUACCACCUCGCCAACCAUUGGUCAGCUGCACUCGAAGAUGCAACCCAUCGGACAGCAGCAGCAGCAGCAGCUUGCUCCAUCGCCUCCACCGUCGAACGUGUAUUCGCUGUUCAAUUAUCCCUUUACCAACAGCCAGUGGGGUGUGGGCUCAAACGCGACCGCCAAUAAUGUGGCCGAUGUUGGCAAACCCCCACUGUACGGUGGCCACCAGCAUCAGCAGCAGCAUCAGCACCUGUCGCAUGGAAAUAUGCCACCCCACCAUCAUCAGCACCAGCACCACCAGCAUGCUGGUGGUGUAGGUGGUGCAGGUAGUGGUGUGUUGGGCACCUUCAUGGAAAAUCCGCCAACGCUGCAGGUUGACGCAUCAAAGGCGCCAGGAUAUCGCGGAAACGCCAUCUCGUCGCCGGUUAGCUCGAAAGCCUCGAGCAAUGCUACCACACCGCCAGCCUCUAGCAUGUCCUCGCAUCAGCAUCAACAUCAGCCCCAACCGUCUUUACACCCGGUGGUGCAGCUGCCCAACGGUGGAGGUCCAAUGCAUCUCCAUCACCAUCCGCCGCAGCCUCACUCGCACCAGCAGCAACAGUCGCUAGGACUGGGCCAUAUGCUGAGUGGGGCAAAUAGCGGCAGCAACAGCACGUCGCCACUUGCCGGCCUGGGCGGUCCACAGCAACAGCCACCGUCGUCGGUGGUCGUCUCGAGGGACUCGGGCGUGUCGAACAUGGUCGGCGGGGCACACUCCGUCUCGUCGGCAUCAUCGUCAAUGUCGUCAUCCAGCUCGGGCGGGGGACAGCAUCAGCAUCAGCCAUCAUCCUACCAGUCAGCCAAUGAGCCGCCAAACGUGGGCAUGAAACCGACACCGCCGCCACCAUCAAUGCACGGGGGUGGCAACAGUGCGCAGGGCAAUGGGCAAGGCGCUCCCGGCGGAGGCCUGGGCAUGCUGCGCUCGAUGAUGAAUCUUUCCUCCCACAUGCGCCACCCCGUUGGGGGUAAUGGGCCGCCGGACUACCUGGGUGGAGGAAAUGCUGGCGGUCGCGAUCAUUCGGCCGGUCUAGCGCCGCAGCAGCAGCCACCGGUAGGAAGCUCCCGCCCGCCGCCGUCGAUGUUCGACAAUGUCGGAGGUCUUGGCGGUAGCGGUGGCGGUGGUCCACCCGAUUCACUGCAAUCUUCCUACCAGCCACAGCUUGGCCUGGGUGGCAACGGCAAUACCGGCCUGCCGCCCAUCUCCCGACUGAAUCCGAAAGCGUCCGCGUUUUCGGGUGGAAUCGGCCCGUCAGUCAUGCCGCCAUCGCAGCACCAGCCGGGCAAGAUGAACCUGUCCAACAACCAUCAGCCGUACGGUGGUGGUGGUGGUGGUAGCAAUGCGGGUGGCGCAGGCACCGGAAUGUUCCACGCCCCGCCGCCAAUCGGUAUGGGCGGUGGAAAGUAUCCGUCGAUGUCAUCGUACAGCCUGGCGCCGGGACGACCGAACAGCCAGCAGCAGCACGGUGGUGGCGGAUCCGGUGCAGGUGGCAACGGUGGACCGCCUCCGGUUGGAGGCAUGCAUCACCGCGGUGCCGCAGGAGGAGGUGGCAGCAAUUGGUUUUCGUCCGACUUGAGCCACCUGCAGCGAGACAACCUGAUGGGCAUGGAAAAUGGGCUGGCGAUGGCAUUGAAUGCAGCUGGCGGUUCGCCGAACAUAUCGCCGAACAACAACAACGCGCCGCAUGCCAUAAACGGUGGCGUUGGGGGACUUGUGCCUCAGCACCAGCAACAACAGCAGCAGCAACAACAACAGCAACAGCAAUCGAUGAUGGAAGAUGCACGAAAGCUGCCGCGUGCCAUCGGUACCGAGCGGGCCUGGAAGUUCGGCGGAAAUGGUAACGUCGGUCUCGUUGGCAGCGGCGCUGGAGCCGGCGGAGCAAGUGCGGGCGGUGGCAACAAUGGCGCAAACAUGUACAAUGCUGGCAUGGUAACGGCAUACGUCGGGCUGGAUGGACCGGAUCUGAUGAACGGUGGAGCAUCGCCAGCGGCAAUGGCGGCGGCGGCGGCGGCAGCAGCGGCUGCUGCAUCCGGCAAUCAACCGUGGAUGAGCAUGGAUAAGAAUCAGUUCAUGGGCAGCGGUGGUGGACUGGGCGGAUCGCAGCAGCAGCAGCAUCAGCAGCAGCAACCGCCCCUUCCCUGGCUAACGGCGGCGGGAAUGAACAGACAGUACAUGGACGACAUUCAUCUACCGGAUCAUUUCCAGCAGCUUCAAAUGGAUUACCAUGGUAACAUUGGUGGUUCUGGACCCAGCGGGCCGAAUCCACCUAACAUGAACUUCAUGCAGUAUCCGUUCACACCAUCCAACGAUAUGGCGGGAGCGGCAGAGCUGCGUCCACCAUGGGAACAUGAGAAGCACGGCGGCUGGUCGCAAAAAUGGUCCGGACACUAGAUGCGCGAAUGAUCGGCUGGCUGGCGGCUGACCGCGUGACGAGGCUAGUUGAGAUGUCGAAAACCAGUUGUAAUAAUAUACAAUACCAUAACUACCACUUGCUUCAACCAACUGCAGCGAUUAGAAAAGGGAAUAGAAAGAAUAAGUGGGUGAAGGAAAGUCAUAGAAAACCAGCUAGUAGAGUGUAUCAAGUUUUUGGUAAGUUGGCCUCUCGCACUGCGCGGUGUUGAUAGUUGAUUCUGCCCAUAUUCUCCGUUGCGUGCCGCUUGCCUGUCUCAAAGAUGGGAUGGGGUGGUGUUGAUGCAUCGAUACAACAACACAAUCACAACUACACACACGCAUAACACACACUAUCCUCUGGUCAGAGACCCCGUUCGCAUGCCUGCGGUUAUAUAUGCUACAACUAGAGUGUCAAUGCUGCUAAACAGAUGUUUCAAAUCGCUAGUACUGCUGACGUUAACACGUAUAAUCAUACAAUUCCUCUAUAAAAUCAGUAAAGCAAAUUGCGCAUCAGAUCGCGCACACAAAUAUGAAGUAGUACUGAGGGGCAGCAACUGCUGCACUCAAGGGUGUGCCCCAAAGCAACACCGAUUAUUAGUUUUCAGUCGUUUUUGAAUGUACGCUUAUUAUGGUACAGUUUAUAGCGAAGGCAACACACUAAUGUUCAUUUACAGUGUAUAGGUAAACGACACUAUGUGCACCAUCUCGUUCUCGGUAAUGGAAUAUAAGAAUAUAUGUCAAGAUUGUACUUUUGUGCCUAGUUUUGUUUUUGUUUUUUUGUUUCUUUCUUACGCCCGAUGUCACUUCAGAGAGGGGAUCAUCGCUCUGAGCAUGCCGAAACGAACGCUAUGAAAGAGAAUGACCGAAUUGACAAAAGAAAGAUUUACCGUUCGCGGGACAGGUUACGGUGUAGAGGAGCUCUUUAUACAUACACACCAUAAUUUUUGAGUUACAAUGUUUGCAUACAAAGUGUGUUUGAUCACCUUGAGCAGUGCGACAACGACACUACCGCGCAAUCCCUCAAACAGCAGAAGCACCACCGGAACGGGGUCUAAUCGAACGGUUCAGUUUGGAGGCUAGUGCCGUUAACCCGUGACGCGAUAUAGGGCCAUUAUCGAGCCACACAAAGUCUAACGUAUAGUAUAAAAAGGAUAAAACAUACCACUACUAUAACACCUACUAGCGUAAUAUCUACUUCUACUCCGUUACUACUAUCCACUUAUAAGCUACUCUUUGGAUGAUGCUACCCGCAAAUAAACACACGCAUAUGAAAUUAACAAAAGCGAAAACAUGCAAAUGAUUCACAGAAAGAGGAAGAAACAAACAGUAUAAUUCACUCACUCACCACUCAAACACUUAAAGCCAUACGCUGCUGCUACCCAAGCUUAAUGAAAAAUUAUUGACUGGUAAAGGAUAUGUGGAAGCUUAACUAAAAAUAGAACAAACAAAACACACGGAACUAACGGCUACCACCGGGUUCAUCCGCGCCCGAGUGUUAAUCGGUGGUGGCUCAACGUAGUUUUGAAUAUCUAUUGUGCAUUCAAAUACGAAGGGCAGGUUUGAAUUUUAGGAUUUAGCGUUUAGAUAAAGCAAAAUCUACUCAACCAACCAAUAGUUUGUUCUUUCUCCCUAUGCGCUACACGCGAUCGAUAAUGGUGGAGAUCAU